CAAGAGAUCCUGAAAAAUGGUGCUCGAUAUCAAGAUGUGCCGAUUCGACAAUGUGCCCUGGGGCUUUCGACUCGUGGGCGGUUCGGACUACGACUACCCAUUGACGGUGGUUAAGGUGGCCGAGGGGAGCAUUGCUGACGAGGCUGGACUGCGGGUGGAGGACAUCAUUGUCCGUAUCAACGACACCGCCGCCAUGCCCCUCACCCACGACGAGGCCCACCACCUCAUCAUGAACAGCGGCAGUGUCUUCUACUUUGGCGUCUACCGGGAGAACGAGGAGGACUCUUGCGAGGUCCUUAGGCGCUUCCCCACCAGCGAGGGUUCGAUGACCAUGUCACCGCCAAUACUAUUACCAUCGCCGUCACCGUCACCGACUCCUGCGCUUCUGCAGCUGACGGAAGCCACAAAUGCCCGUACCCCGGAACCAGAGCUCCUCCUUCCGCCGCCCCCGGAGUUCGCCUCCAUUGCUAUUUCUGGUCCGGCCGAGGAGGAAUGUCGCUCGGCCGUGUCGGAAGUGCAGUCGGAAGACAAUCGCGAGAAUGGAGUUGCUCAGCCGGCAGAAAGCCAAGACGAAGAACCACCAGCUGCAGGUCCUGGAGCGGCUUUGGCUUCAGCUCCGGCUCCUGCUUCUGCUUCUGCUCCCGAGGAGGAGGGACUUUAUUUGCCCGAGUUGCCCGAUCGUCCGUGCUCGGCCUUGUCCGAGCAGGCGGAAAUUAAGCUGGUGGAGGAGGAAAUUGCCGCUGUGCUGUCCGGCGAGUCGGAGGUGCUCAAGGAGCACAAUGUCCUCGGUGUCAAUUUCUACAGGAUCUUCCCCAAGCCGGGCGUCUGCAUGUCCAGCGACGUCCUGCGCUCCAUCAACGAGGAGGUGACCAAGACCAAGCUGGAGAAGGACAAGGAGAACCGAAAGUGGUCCACCUUCCUGCAGCGUCCCAAUCGACCUAUUCCAAAGAGCAAGCAGCAACUGGAGGCGGAGAAGCAUGCCGCCAAUGCCUACAAAGUGACGAUUGUCAAGUCCGCUCCCCGCGACAAGUCACCCAUGCCGGAAGCUAAACCGGCGCCAAAGGAAGCUACACCAGCCAAGGAAGAGGAAAAUGCGGUCAAGGAGCCGCAGGACCAGGCAGUGACAGAGCCAUCAAACGGGGAGAAGCCACAGCAGGAGAAGGAGCCAGAAAAGGAGGAGGAACCGCUGCCCACGGACAGUGAAGUUCCGAAUUUGGAGCAGCUGCCGGAGGACGAACAGCCCGAGAAGGCCGAUGCCCUCAAGGAGGUUUCCGAAGCGGAAGCUGAAGCUGAGGCACUUGAGGCACCUGAACCUGGUGAGCCAGAGACCGAGGCCACUGAAGCUGCUCCAACCGGCAGCCCUCCGGCAGCAGCCACUCCGCCCAAAACCGAGGAGGAGAUGGCUCUUGAACGUCAACUGGCAGAUGUGCAAAAACAACUGGCGGCCCUCUCCUCGCUGCCCUCCACCAUACAGUCGACCCUCGAUGCGGUGACCAAGCAGCUGGCCGACCUACUGCCCACAUUCAAGCUGCAACAACAACAGCCAGGACAGGAGCAGGACCAGAACCAGGACCAGGCACAGGAAAAGGAUGGCAGCCAACCGCAAAUCGAUGGAAAACCAGGUGAAAAUGGCCAAGAAGCAGAAGGAGAACCAACGCCGGAGGAUGCAGGCAAAAACAUAUCCAUAUCUGGGCCGGACAAUCCACUGGGACUGGGACAGGGACAGGGACUGGGCGAAGGCGAGAGUAAUGAGGAUAGAUGCGACGCCAAUGACCGGGAAGUAGCGGAAAUUUCGCGCUCAACUGACGACAAUCGCAAGGCUGACUUGGCCAAGGAUAACGAUGCUGACAAGGAGGCCUUGUCCGAGGAGCAGAGCUUCAAGAAGCAGAAGAAACACGAUGUCAUCGAGGAGCUCGAGGAGCAUUUGGUGCGCAAAAACAAUCCCCGGCGGUCGAAGCGCGCCUUCGGACCCCUCGUUCCAUCCUCGGAGCGGCCGCUGGUCCUGCCCGGCGGACGGCGGUGGUACCGCCCCAAGGACGCCUACAACGACGAGUUCAUAGCCGAGACCCUGAGCGCCCAGGCGGAGCUCAUCACUGGCAGCACUCUCGGGGUCAACUUCAUGAAGUACCAGAAGCCGGAACGCAAAAUCGAUCUGAAUCGCAGCGAGGUGUACAAGUAUCUCAAUCCGCAUCUGGACAGGGCGCCCGUGCGUGGCAUCGAGGUGCGUGCCCCGCUGGUGGCCGCCGAGUCGGAUAUUCGCCAGUCGUUGCAGUCGUAGAGAGGAGAAGUGGCAUACCCCCCGCAUGCUCGCCCUUCCCUGCCGGUGUGUUCUCUGCAGGAAUCAAAUUAGUGUUUACAGAAAGAAAUGUCGGUCUUCAAGUGAUUGAGAGGAGGGAGCCCAGCUUCGUUGUUAUCCAAUUAAAAAUAAUAUAAAUCAA